CGCGGCGGUCGUAGCUCGUAGCGCCGGCUCGUAGCGACCUCUACGAGCGCAGACUUCGGAAAGUGGCUGUGUGGUGUCAGUGACUUUUUGGGAGUUUCCGGGCGCGAAAUUCAGAAGGAUGUCGCUGGUGCCGCCAGGAGGCGCGGACUCCCCGAGCCCGCGGCGCGCGGUCAGCCCUCUGCUCGAGAUGCGACGCCCACACUGCACGCUCGCCUGCGACUACUGCGCCGCUAUACUCGAAGACAAGUUUAAAAGGAGCGCGGAGAUGCGGAACCGCGGGACGUCUCCAUUAUCUGCGUCGCCCCGACAGUCGCUGACGGGGGAACCCCCCUGGACGCUGCCUGAUGAUGAUCGACCAGACUUUUCUGCACUCAAGGAGAAUAUACACAGGAUUAACAAGGACUGCGAAACAUCGACCCGUUUGGACAUGCUGCUGACUCAGGUGGAGCAGUACGCCAAUAACCUGGAGGCCUUGGUGGAGGAACGCACGUCGGACUACCUGGAGGAGAAGAGGAAAUGUGAAGAACUCCUUUACCAACUGCUGCCCAAAUCCGUGGCAUCCCAGCUGAUCAUGGGCCAGCCGGUGAUGGCCGAGACGUACGACCAAGUGACCAUCUACUUCAGCGAUAUCAUCGGCUUCACGCAGCUCUCGGCCGAGUCCACCCCGCUUGAGGUCGUCGACCUGCUGAACGACCUGUACACUAGCUUUGAUUCUAUCAUCGAGAACUUUGAUGUUUAUAAGGUGGAGACAAUAGGCGAUGCCUACAUGGUGGUGUCGGGUCUACCAAUGAGGAACGGAAACCGGCACGCUGCGGAGAUCGCUCGUAUGUCACUGGCUUUGCUCAGGGCGGUGAGACUGAAGACUGUGCCUCAUAGGCCUGGGGAACGACUGCUUCUGAGGAUUGGUAUGCAUACAGGUCCCUGUGUGGCGGGAGUAGUAGGCCUAAAAAUGCCAAGAUACUGUUUAUUCGGUGACACUGUUAACACGGCCUCGAGAAUGGAAUCUCACGGAGAAGCACUUAAGAUCCAUGUUAGUCCAAAAACAAAAGAAGUCCUAGACCUAUACGACUGUUUCGUAUUAGAAUGCAGAGGAGAGAUCACUAUGAAGGGUAAAGGAAAAAUGACAACAUAUUGGUUAAUUGGCGAGAAAGAAGAAAGUAAUUAUAGUCAGUCGCAGGAAGAAUCAAAUCACAUUCAAACAGGGAUUAUAAAUAAUCCUAGCAUCACAUUCCAAGGUCCAGACAGUCCUGCUUCGCAUUCACUCACACACAGUCAGAGUCCGGAUAGGAACGAUGCAAAAGAUAUUACAAACCACAGACCCAUAGAAUUGCUAAACGAAAGAGAUCGUAUCAAGCAUGAGAUAGCAACAUUCGUUGCAAAAGAUCUAAUAAACAACAUAGAUAACGCUGUCAGAGAGUUCAGAAAGUCACAGAGCGCUAAUUUUGCUUCUGUCAUGAGUACAAAAUCUGUCUGCAAUGGAAAUGAAAGAAAAAUCAUUACUCCGACUUACGAUAAGGAACUUGUAAUUAGUAAAGGCAAAGUAAGGGAUGUAGUAAAUAGAUUUAACAAUUGCGUCGUCAACGAGAAUGGAAGUAAAGCAAAACCUAAAGACUGAAUGAAUGAAAGUUUACGCUUACUGUUUUACAGUCCGGUCUAAGCCAAUAUUGGAUAAACGAGACAUUGUAGAUUUUAUUGUAAAGUAUCUAUUAAAUAUAUCUUGUGCCAAGCACAUAGAUGAUUGAUUUUUAGUCUAGAUAUUAUUAUAAGAACUAUUAAAAUUGUGUGUUAACUAAAAUAUAGUUUAUAGUGGGUGACCAAUGACCCUCCGAAUUUUAGUAAGAUUGUAAUAAUAGUUACUUAAUAUUAUAAUAUAUUAUGUCUUAUAUAGAUAAUCGCAGAAGCGAUCCAUCAGAAAGAUGUAGUGAGAAUUUUAUGUGUCUAUGACAAAAUAUUUAAAAAUUAAUACUAUUGUAUUAUACACUUUAGCCCCUGUAGUGUUUUUACUGAUCUUUUAUACUUCCAUACCUUUCUUACCGAUGUAGGUACUUUGAUGUAAUCAGUCAUAUUCUAGGAAGUCUUUACGAUAUAAUGAAUGUACCCCAAAAUUGCCUUUUCUAAGAUUGUAAUGUCUUUGCGUGUUCUUUCUAUCUACUUUAGUUAUAUUUGAUAGAAUAUUUGGAAAAGAAGUAUGUAUUGUGCCAGUUUAUUUUCGAUGUUCUAAUGUUAGCCGAUCUUAAACCAAUCUAGUAAAAAAUAUGACAUUAUCUUCUUUAUAUAAAACAAAGUCACUUCCCGCUGUCUCUCCCUAUGUACCUUAGAUCUUUAAAACUAUGCAACGGUUUAUUUAACAGAGUGAUUCAAGAGGAAGGUUUAGGUUUACAAUUUAUAAUUAAUUGUAAACCUAAACCUUCCACUUGAAUCACUUUUACCCGAGCGAAGCCGGGACGGGCCGCUAGUUUAUAAUAAAAUAUUAAAUGUAUUUUUUGGAAUCGUUAGUGUUGAACAUUUUAUGGUACCGAGCCUAAAAAAAGUGGUACCUAUUAUGUAUAUUGUCUCUCUGUUAGUUUCAUAGGCUCCACCAUCGUAUCUAUAUAUUUACUUAAGUACAUUUUGUUUUAGAUAAACAAAUUAUCAGAUUCAAUUAAUUGAGUUGAUGGAGUUUGACCCAAUUUACAAAUUCGAUGAUUCGCGCUCGCGACAAACUUCAUGCAACUGAUUAAAACUUAGGUAGGCACCUAAAUAUCGUAUGUUAACUUAUUUUAAAUCAUACUAUUCGCCUGGUUAUUGUUUAAUAACUCUGUUACUGUGAUAAUUAAGUUUCUGAAAGUGUUUGAUCUCAAUAAGGAUUAUAAUUCUAAUUAUUCAAAGUUUUAUUCAUAAUUUAUUAAUUUUGUUAUAGACAUCGUCAUUUUUUCCAUUUCAUUCAUAGAAGAAAGAUAAAAGCGUAUAAGAAAUAUGAGAGGAGGAAAGGGACAGUGAUAUCUUUUGUCCCUCAUCGUCUAUAGUUUACUUUGGUUGUAUAAAAGUAUAUUUUAAGUAAUGUGGCUUUAAUUGUAUACCACGUAGCUGAUUUUUGAUAUAAAUGAAAAAUAUAUAAAAUGUUUAUUUAUCAACGUAAUGAAUUCAGUUAUAAAAAGUCAUUGAAUAUAAAAAACGUAGACAAUUGUCUAUUGUACAUUAUAAUAAUUUCCAUACUGAACAUAAAGAUUUUAAGAUACAUUAUAAUAAGAUAUAUAUUAUUUAAGUUAAAUUGUUAUGAUUGCAAUUACCUAUAUAAAUGUUCUUUAUAAUAAGAAAUAUUUAUAUAUCAUGUAUUUUAAAAGACGUAAUUUUAAUAGUGUUGUAUAACCUUAAUUUUGGUGUGACUUAAGAGUUAUUUUGUGAUAUUAUUGUUGAGAAAGUACAAGUUUUAUCAUAAGGUCGUAGUCCAAUUCGACACCACUCCUACUCGGUAAAAUUGUGUUCAUUGAAAUAAGAGCUUUAAAACGUCCACUGUAGACAUACUUUUCAUCGACGACAAAUUAGCGGAUUGCUCGUUGCCAGCUCGUUUACAGCUCUGGCUUUGUCAAUGUGAAGUAUGUCUACUGUGGUCGCAUUAAAGCUUUUUUUUCAAUAAACAUUAUUUCGUCGUGUGGAUGUGUAAUGUGUAUUCAAGGAAUCUUAUUUAAUGUAGUUUCGAGUUCCUUUGUAUUGUAAACACUGUGUGUUACGUUGCUGCAUUUGAUUAAAUUAAUAAAUUUAAA